GUAAAAUGGUGAAAUAUGUUCUUUGGUUUGUUUUCUGUUCAUACCGAAAAAAUGUUUUAAUGUAUUGUUUCUUUUACUGAAGGAUAAAUAAUGAGUAAAUAUACCAAUAAUGAGAAAUACAAUUAUGUGACUCGAUUUUGAAAGAUAAGAAUGCAAAAGUAUCGUCGCCAAAUAUUACAUUUUGCUCAGAAUGUGCUGAGUGAAAAUAUUGGUAAAAGGAUCUUAAUUUUACUUUUUAUCAAUGUUGUCUCAACUAUCAGUUUACUGUAUCAUUGUGUCUACACAAACAGUAUGGCAUUAACUGCAUUUACAUAUUUAUCAAUAUUUAACUCAUUAAGGUUGAGUAGUUUAUUUGUAUCAAUAUGGGUGCCAAAACAGAAACAAAACUUUUCAUAUUCAUUUGGAUAUGAAAGAUUCGAAGUUCUUGCAGUAUUUUCUUGCACAGCAAUCACACAGCUCAGCGGCUUUUUCAUUUUCAAGGAAAGUUUUGAAAGACUGAUUCAACAAGAUAAAGUUUUAGCUGAUUCACAAAUAACGAUGGUUUUUAUAGGCUCACUGGUCAAUAUUUUAAUAAAUUACGGUGUGGAAAAUAAUCCGUUUGCAUCUGUAUCCAGAGGUGCAUCAUCGAACUGUAUACAAGACGCUUUAUUUGAUCUAGGAAAGAGUAUAUGCAGCACAUUACCAUUACUAUCACGUUUCUUAUUGGUCCGUUUGGAUCCUUAUAUGUUACUUUCUCACACUGCUGGUAUUACUGUUAUCAUAUCAAGCCUUCUUAUAAAACAUAGGUCUGCUUAUGAGGCUGACACGAUUUCCGCAAUGUUCAUUGCGGUGGCUAUUUGUGUAACCAUGUAUCCACUGAGCUAUCAUUGUGCUUUGAUUCUUAUGAAUGCAACGCCGAAGGAACUUGUCACUUCAAUAGAUAAAUGUUUAAAAGAGGCAAAUACAUUAGAUGGUCUGUUGGAGUUUCGGAAGGAACAUUUUUGGGCAGUUAGCUUCGGAAAAUAUGCCGGAUUGAUGCAUGUGCGUAUACGAAGAGAUGCGAACGAGCAGCUUAUACUUGCGCAGUUGACGAACAAGUUAUCGCCUUAUCUCCACUACAUUUCCAUCCAAAUCUUUAAAGACGAUUGGAAAAGACCAGUCACCUCUUCGAUGGAGAAACAUGUUUACGAUCCACGUGCUAACCUUCCCUAUGUUUCGCAAGUUGCCGGUGUCCGAACUUCUUUACCGUACUCGUCUCCCGUACCUAUGUAUAAUUACUCGAGCAAAGUGACGAGAUAUCCAGCCAGCAGUUAUCAACAUAGUAGUAAUAGUUUGAAUAAAAGCUUAAAAACUUCUAGUAAAGAGACAAAUAACAAGAAUAAAUAUUAUGGGCCUAAAAUAGAUAUAAAUUUUGAUUAGGAAAUAUGGGGAACAUCAAUGUAUGUUUGUUUGAUAUGAAUCUUUUAAUUGCUUAUGUAAAUUAUAUUUUUGAGAAAAAAUGAAAUGGUUAUUUUC